GUCAAUUGUCAAUAUAAUAUAAACAUGGUUAAUAAUUUUAUGAAAAUGAUUUUUGAUCAUUAUAUGAUCGAAAGAAAUUGUUCGUUCGUACAAUACUCGGUGAAGUAAUAAAAGGAAAAGACCAUGAUUCGAUGAUCACCACUGUGUGGAUGAUACAUUAAUUUAUCCCGUAACAAGAAUCUUGAAAUUAACGAUCAGACAGAACCUGAACAAAAAUUUAUAAAUUAUUUAAAUAUCGUUGCUCGCGUAUUAAGGUAGGUGCGAUCAUUGCCGAAGUUAACAGCGUAAAACAUUUUGUUGCGAUGUGAUUUAAGGUCAGGAAACUUUGACCGCUCGUCGCUAGAACGUAAUAUUCGCUAUUAUGAUAUGCAGAAUAUUAAUUCAAGAAAUAGUUUGAAUAAGAAUACGGAUGCGACGGUUUUCUGUACGAAUGCACAAUGUCAGAUAGCAAACGAGGAACUGGUGAACUUGCGUCAACAGGUGUCGGAUCUGAAAGAAGCGGUUGUAUCUCUAGAAAACACUAUACAAAUAAAAGAUAUGCAACUACAGAACGUUCAACGAAGCAACGAACGGUUGACCGCAGAAUUGAAGAAACAACAAAGAUGCGUGAGGAACAUCAAACAGCAGUUGGACGAUGAAAAGUUCUUCUAUCAAAGGGAAAAGGAUUACUUCAACAGUGAAAUGCAACGGCAGAAAACUCGAUGCGUGUCUGGUAAUUCGAAACUGCAACAGCAGCGACAAGAACUGGAGGAUGCGCGGGAUUCUUUGGAAGAGGAGAACAAGUCGCUCAGAGAAGAAUUGAACGAGAAGACUGAAACAACUUAUAAUUUAUGUAUAAAGUUUUUGCGUAUGAAAUACGCCAAAGAUUCUUUGAGGCAGAAAUUUGAUCAGUUGUUGAACGAGCACUUGCAAGUGAUGGCAGACAUGAUGGAAAAGCUCGACGAGGCUAGAGGAGAGCUCAAUAUUAUCGUGUCAGAGAAAUUUCAGGAACCUCUGCCUUUGAACAAAGCAAAAUUUUUACAGGUGGUACAAAGAAACGCUCGGUUGGUUCACGAGAACGCAGUACUCAAGGUACAGAUACAGCAAUUAACUUUGAACAUAGAGAAAUUAAAAAGCUACGCGCAAAAACCGAAGUUGAUAAACGUUGACGCAAAAAUCAUUACUAAAUUGGCUUCGCAAAGUACGAAAAAAUGUAGCAAGGAAUCUGUGAAGUGGCCGCCGAUUCAAUCGUGCGAAAACGAGUCCGAGAAAACACUGUUCGCCAAGUUCUCGAAUCAAAGUUCCGUCGAUUAUUCGGGGGACGGGAAAUUACUAUCAAAAAUUCGAUCAAACGCUCUAAGAAAAUACGUGGGUGUGCAAGAAAUUCGAACCGAGGAAACGUGGAAAUCUCAAACAGAACGAGCACAUAGCGCACCGGAAAUCUUACGGACGGAAGUCCAACCAAGUGCCUCUACGAUUGCUCAAACGGAUUCAGACUUUCGGGACGCCUGCACGAAUACAUAGUAGGACGAAGAUCCGAACUAUCUCUGUAUAAAUAUUAUGUCUACAGAACAGUUCGCACACUAUAGGGAACGACACAAGAAUGGCAGAGCCAAUAUGAAAUCAUGGAAGUCAUCUCGAGAAUUAAUAAAGGGAAUUAAGUGUCUUAAAAUCAUGUUCAAGAACUUUCAUCGUACAUUUUUAAAGUAAUGACAUGUCAUUACCUGCGCGAACGAGCGUAAAUCGAACGUUAUUCAAAUUCAAUCAACGCGGAAUCGAAACGUGUAUACUUACCACAAAUUAUUUGCAAUUGAUUAUUCAGUAUGGGCGACGAUAACCGAUGGCAAUAAUCGUAAAAUUAGCAAUCACAUAACUUCAUAACGUUAUGAUAUUCGGAUCGAUGGUCAUAAUCGUAAAAUGCAUAUAUGCAGCGCCACCUGAGAUUUAAAUAAUUUAUGAUGGCAAGCAGUAGCCUAACGUUUGUGGGCUCUGAGUUGAUGUUAUUUUAAAUACCAUGCCUUUUACUAUCAUUGUGUGAUCACUCGUUGAAUUACUCUUUGUUGUCUUCAUUCUUUUACUACUGGUGUCAUGCAUUAUCAGAUAUUUAGCAUCGACAGUCGUUCCCGCGGCAACGCGUGAGGGUGGUUAAUUAAUUUUUAACGAAAUAUGAAGUGUAGGUCUAGGAACAGCGUCCAUCUCCUGGCACUACCGGUGGUAAGGGUUGAAGUAGUUCGAACUGAUAUAAUCCCGAAUUGUUGUCAAUUUAUAUAGAUACGAGAAUUGUUGAAAAAAGGGGUAGUUUAGGGUAUUGAUGAUGAUCUACGAAGUCGCGAGGACGAAUAGGGUCUUAAUACUUAUAAACGUCAUUACGACAGAAAGGCCGUGAUUACGUUAGAACGCCGAGAGCACGUUGCGCGAGGGUGUGGGUAGAAGGCUCCGCAGAGGAUCCGAGUAUCCUCGUCUCGUUUCCUCUUGGUCGUUCUCGUGCGGCGUGGAGCCGGUUUCAGGCGAAGCCGGGUUUUAACGAUCGGUCAUUAAGUCGCGAAGAAAAUUGAGACGUCCACCUCUCGGUGAGCUCAUACCCAAUUGAGUAGCGGCCUUAAUACCCCUUAUGUAUUAUCCGGUAGGCGAAGCACCUUGUUAAACGGAUCCGCCAUUUCUUCUUCUCGCUUCGUGUUUUUCCAUGGGGAUCGCGUUCGAUCGAAAACCCGACACUACCGUAACAGUUCUUCCUUCUCUUUUCUUUCUCCCUUUUAAUUUGUUUAGACCUCCUCUUUUUAUCGUGUGUUCCGCGCACCCGUCGCAAGACCUAUAAGAAUUCCACGCUUUUUGCUUAAUUAGCCCGUAUCUGUAACCAGUUGUUACCGAUAUUACCGAAAGUGCGAAAAUGCGUACUAACUUACGGUCGUAUUCCUUUCGGAGCCGGAAUUCAUCUCGAACACCUUACGAUUUCCGGUUUAAAUUGACGAAGAGAUACAGCGAUAACGUAACGCGAUAAAUUAGAUCGAAUAAUCGAUUCGAUUCUCGACUCGAAAUGAGGAAAAGUGCCGGUAAUCCUAUUCGAUUUACUUGGAUUUAAUACGCAUAGGUGUGGAGCAGAUUUUAUUUCAAGGUGUGUAACCUCGAGCGACAGGUUAACGAGAAAUUGAGCUUAGUAUAACGCGCGUUUAAUCGUCAUGUGACGCGUAUUUUCCCGGCGUGUCGAAUCUUUGAGUAAUGGCCUCCGAGAACGUAACAGCCGAUCCUGAUUACGGAUCCCGAUCCUGUUCCCAUCCUGAUUGCGAACAUUAAUGCGCGUGUCGCUUAUCGAUCAUUGGAUAUCAUGUACAGUGUGAAAUAUACCUAGAAACACGGCUCAGAUAAUUGGCAGAUCUACUCUAAGAACACGUUGCUGACUUUUGCAAGAACCUUGACUAAUUCUCUUCGUGCUCAACUUGUUUCUCUUACAUUGCCUCACGGCGUUUAUAAUUAUCAGAAGACUCUAAAGUACCAAAAGUACCUCAGUUACAAAAAUUGAAGUUUUAAUCGAAAGUAAAAGGAAAACGAUGCUCCUCUAACGUUACGUCCCGCGAUAACUCGAUUAUUACGGAACAUAUUGAUUCAUGUACGCUGCACGAGCCAGCAAAAAGCGAAUUUGAAUCGGCCGGUAAAACAAUGAAAUAACGAUGUAAUCUUCGACAAUGGACGGCAUAACCAGGCAGUAGUCGCGCGUUGUCCGCUUGUUAGCGAUGAUAUAUCACAUAUGUACAGCAGCUGUCAUCUUACUUGUCCUUUGACGGCAUAUUUAUACCGGUUUCACCCUGUUCCACGCCGGCCGAUCGCCGAUAACGGAUGCACCUCGCUAAUGCUACUUGCCCGCCGAGACGCCUCUACGCUUCUGAAUUCGUUAUAUCUCUAGUUAUGUUAGCCUGUCUCUAUUUCAACAACUCCGAUAUCAUCCACUGUCCAAAACAUUCAUUACGUGUCUGUAUAAAGGAGACUCUAGAUUGACGAGACUUGGGAUACUUUGGUACUUUGCUGUUGUCUACCGAUUUAUUUGAUAGGGUCAGAUAUUUGAUGCUGAUCAAGUGGACUUAAUCUUGCACUAUUU